AUGUUAUCUUGGAAAACUAUAAAAAGUCGACGUCCCAUUUUUAAAUCUUGCAACUUUCAAUUGAACAUGUGUCUCAUUCUUCACACAACAAUCUUGCAUAUAUACUACACAUCAUCAAUUAUAAUGGCUGCUAAUCAGGAAACAGUUUUCGUCUCAGGUUGUAACGGUUUCGUUGCAACUCGUAUAACCGUCGAUUUAUUAAAGGCGGGCUAUAAAGUUAUAGGUUCUGUCAGAUCUCAAGAUGAGAUCGAUCAAUUCAUUCCUCACUUCAAACCUACUGAUGCCUUGACUUUGGUCAUUGUGGAAGACAUAUCUGUUUUAGGUUCAUUUGAUGAAGUCUUCAAGCAAUAUGGUAAGGAGAUCAAAUAUGUCUUACAUACCGCCUCACCAUUCAUUAUUGAUACUACCGAGUACGUAAAGGAUCUUUUGAUUCCAGCUGUAAACGGUACCCAAGCUAUCUUGGAGGCUAUUAAGAAGUAUGCUGCUGACUCUGUGGAACGUGUAGUGAUUACCUCUUCGUUUGCGGCUCAAGCUGGUCCAAAACAAUGGUAUGACAAUAGUUUAACCAUUACUGAGGAAUCAUGGAACCCAAGCACUUGGGAUGAUUGUCAAGUUGACGGGAUGACAGCAUAUUGUGCUUCAAAAGUAUUUGCCGAAAAGGAAGCAUGGAAGUUCUUGAAAGAUAAUGAAUCUCAAGUUAAGUUCAAGAUAACUACAAUUAAUCCAGGUUUUGUUUAUGGUCCACAAACUUUCUUCGACCCAAAGAAGAAAAUUAUGAACACUUCUUCUCAAAUUAUUAAUCAUAUUGUUCAUUCUAAAAAGGAAACUGACAUCAAUGAAAUCUUUGGUCCAUUUGUGGAUGUUCGUGAUAUUUCUAAAGGUCACAUCUUAGCCUUCCAAAAGAAGGAACUUAUCGGUAAGAGGUUAUCUAUGGUUAGUGGUAUGUUCUCUUCUCAAGGUGUCUUAGACAUUGUUAAUGAAGAUUUCCCACAAUUGAAAGGAAAAAUUCCAGUCGGUAAACCAGGUACCGAUGCUACUUUAAUUGCCAAGCAUUGUACUGUUAUCAAUGACGAAACUAAGAAGUUGCUAGGUUUUGAAUUUAUUGAUUUGAAGCAAUGUAUCGAUGAUACCGUCAAACAAAUUUUGGAAUAUGAAACGAUCUAA